GUGUCCAUCCACUCGGUGUGGCUGGGGAACAGCAUCACGCCCUUGCGAGAGGAGGAGUGGGACGAGGAGGAGGAGGAGGCCGAGGCCCGGCACCGUCGUCCCCGCCCACGUCGCCCUCAACUCCAGGAAACACCGGGCUGGAGUCGACAUCCACUCCUGUUCGCAGUUUUUGCUCGAGUUGUACAGUCGCUGGAUCCUGCCAUCGAGUUCCGCCAGGAGGACCCCCGUCACCCUGAUCAGCGAGGUGGUGCGCUCGCUCCUCGUGGUCUCGGACUUGUUCACGGAGCGCAACCAGUUUGAGAUGAUGUACCUGACACUGACGGAGCUGCGGAAGGCACACCCCUCGGAAGACGAGAUCCUCCUUCAGUACCUGGUGCCCGCCACCUGCAAGGCGGCCGCCGUCCUCGGAUGGUGAGCGGAGGCCAUGCGGAGCCUUGGCCGCGGGAG